UAAAUGCCACCAAUUGGCUGCUUUGACUAUUCUUACUAGACUAAAGCACCCAAGACUGGUGUAAAAAAAUAGGGCCCUGGAUUGCACAGAAAUUAGUUCUUUCUGACGAAUGGUCUGCAGCCAGGAAGCACCAUGAUCGUGACUGCAAGUUUUUGAGUUUCUCCAGCUGUUGAUCAAAACAGCUGGAAUCAGGUCUUCUUAAAGGAUCAGUCCACUCAUAUAUUUAGUGAAAUUCAUAUUGGAGUACAUCUUCCCUUGUUUUAUUAAAAAAAAAACUAAUAUUGUGUAUGUCAGGGCCUUUGGGAUGUGCGAGCUGUAAGGCCGCAUAUGGCGCCAUGGCAGCAGGAGUGCCAGGCAGCCAUCCCAUCACCAAGGCCAGGGCCACACCGAGGCGGGUGCACAGGACCCAGGCAGCAGGAAGCAGAGGAGAGAGAGAGGGGCAGAGCGGUCACUCAUGAAGCGGUGAAGCAGAGGAGCCAGACAGAGGCCUUGCGCUCCCAUCUCAGGACUUCGGCAGGCGACACAGGGACAAAUCCCCCUGAAAGUGGUGUCUUUGGAUUCAUGAUAAGUGUAACUGCAAUGUUAGGUGCUGCUACAAUGUACACAAGAUAUAAGAUACUAGACAAAUUAAAUUCUUCAUACGGUUUGAUAAAUGCUUGGUUUAACACUAUGUCAUUGCUGAUUGGAUUACUUGGCUGCAUCGGGAUGGGAAUCGUUGCUACUUUUCAAGAGAAGGCAGUGCCAAUAGUCCAUGAUGUAGGAGCCCUCAUAACAUUCAUCUGCGGAGUUGUGUAUAUUUUAUUGCAGUCCAUCAUCUCUUACAAGUCAUGUCCACAGUGGAACAGAUCUUAUGUUUGCCAUGUAAGAAUGGCGAUUUCCAUUGUGUCAGUGAUUGCUGUGUUUCCAAUGAUUAUAUGUGCAUCAUUAAUUAGAAAGCCUAAGUAUGAUUGGAAUCCAAGCGAUGAGGAUUACGCAUAUCACCUAACAAGUGCCAUCUGUGAAUGGAUAGUGGCAUUUGGAUUUGUUACAUUCUUUCUAACCUAUAUAAAAGAUUUUCAGGGAGCCAGUUUAAUAAUUUCAACAGAAAUAUAUGAUGACUAUGUAUUACAGUCAUAAACACAGGAUUUUAGGAAGUUUUUUU